AUGAAGCUCCUACUCUCUCUUCUGCUCAUGCUUGCCGUGCUCUCUUCCACACUGACCACCCGCAAAGACGUCGAGGCCCCCGACGACCUCAUCCUGAAUGCCACUGGCAACGAGAUCGACAUGGAUCUGUCCGUUAACACGGACGCCGACGAUCUCGACGGUCCCGCAAACACCCUCGAUGCCCGCCGCAAAAAGCCUCGACCACGGGCCAAAACAGAUGGAAUCUGUGACACCAAAACAGACACAGACACCGGGACAUGCGUCGCAAAACUUUACGGAGAUAAGCGGUGGAGGUCCAAUUCAUUCAGAAUGAAGCUCUCUCCCCCCCUCAUCCUUCUGCUUACCCUCCUCUCCCUGGUUCUCGCUCUCGAGACCCAGACAGAGACCUCAUCUAUCAAGGACAUCGACUACAGUCUACCCAGCAACAUAAGCGAUCCCGACUUCGACGAUGGCCAAACCUCUCAGCCUCAGACCAACAACAUUGAGCCACGCAUGUGCAUCGGACGGUGUCGCAGCGUAACCAACGACUGCGUUUGGAAGUGCGAAGACUGGAGCCGCGUCGUCAGGCCGUGUCACGAGUAUCGCCCGUGCACUCGCGAUCGACGCCAUUGUUCCGUGUUGGCAAAUGCGCCGGAGUGGGCGAUUUGCAAGUAG